UAAGAGAGAGAGAGAGAAAGAGAACUAGCUCAAGCUCGGGCUCUCCGUUGCGGCUUCAACCGUGCUGGUAAUCAGUGCCGUUUCCGCGGCAGCAGCGGCUACCACGCGCCAGAUUAUUUUGGAUUACGCAUUGAAACCCGUGGGACCCGUCGACCUGCCUAGCCGGUCUACUCUCUCUCUCUCUCUCUUUCUCUCUCUCUCUCUCUCUUCCUUUUUCUUUCGCUUUUUCCUUUUGCUCUUUCUAUCUCUCUUUCUGUCUCUCUUUUUGUCUUUUUCUCUCUCUUUCUGUCUCACUUUUUGUCUUUCUCUCUCUUUCUUUCUCUCUCUAACACACAUACACGCACACUAUUUGUGUUCUCUUUUUCUCUGUUCGUUUGACUGUUUGCCUGUUUAUCUAUCUGUGCGUUCCAUCCUAAAAACUUCAUCACCAAAGUCUGUCGACCUACGUGUUACUUCCCCCAUCAUUUUUGGAUUCACCUUAGCGCCGCGUUUUUUUUUCGUGAGGAGAUAUAUAUUGCUCAAAAGUCUUUCGACAGAAGAAGAUCGAAGAUCCGAAGGGACUGUGUGACAGUGCCGAAAAUAUUCCUAAUAAUGCGUCCAAUCUGAUAUGCUCUGAUGUUGGAUUUUCUUUUUUUGUAAUGCGGAUGUCGGGGAAAGUUAUAUCUCAAAUGAUUCUGAUUUAUUUGGAUAAUGAUAGGGCAAUUUUUGGAGAGCGUUCCAUUCCAAGGAUUUAACAAUAACGUUGGUGAUAAAGAAUUGGAGGAUCGGUCAAUGCAAUAAUCCGUAUUGCUGAUCACAGUAAUGAGCAACUUGUGGUUUUUAAUAAGGGACACAGUGCGUCAAAAGUUUCGGAUGUUGUUAUGUUUUUACUCGGCGAUAUCGAUCUCGAAGAUACAGUGAACUGACAAAAUCGACGAGCUCUACACGAGGAUAAUUAAAAAGAGACGAUGAUGAAAACUUUAACGUUUAACGAUAGUUUUUGGUUGGAAAAAUAUAUAUUGUUCGAUUAGUGAGAAUUAAUUUGAUCGAUCGACGAACGGGACAAGGAAUAAAAUGAAGAAAACGAGAUUGAUAUCUAUCGAUUUUAAAUGUAUCCUCGUUGGAUCGUAAUAAAAAGGAAAUUUAUAGAGAAUACUCGGAAGUACUCGUAUGAAGGUUCUCGUAAAAACAAAGAAGAGAGAUUAAUCGAAAGGGAGAUUAACCCGUCGGCUAAGUCGGCCUCGGUUUAACGAACGUACGAACGUACGGACGUACGAAGAAAAUUCUUCGAAGAUCAUUCGAAGGUUAGAAGGAAUAAAAUCAUCGAGCUGGAGCGUUAUGAGCAACGGCGAGGGUGUGGUGGCUGGGCAGGGUGCCGGGAGCGAUCGUCUUUGCGAGGACGUCGACAUGGCAACCCCAACGUCGGCGUCGUCGAAUUUGAAACCAAGAAGCGGUAAGAUCAGCUUCAGCGUGGACGCUUUGCUCAGCGGCACGAAGAAGUCUGCGGCAGCUGGUGUCGGUGGUGUUGGAGGAGGAGGAGGAGGAGGAGGAGGUGGGGGUGGAGGUGGCGGAGUCGGUGGCGGCGGAAAUGGAAAUUUUAAUAAUGCCAGACGAGACAAUGAGGAACGAAUAGACAUUGAAAAGAAUUUAGAGAUGGAGGCUAGAUAUAGGGAGUUAUUAUUGGAACAACAAAGAUUACAGAGCAGAGAACUCUUGGCGAGGCUAAGUCCUCACGGUUCGGUAUUAGCAGCGUUUGGUAAUCAUCAUCAUCAUCAUCAUCAUCAUCACCAUCAUCAUCAAAAUCGAAUACAGGAGCAAGAACAACAUCAUCCGUCGGGCGGUAGACAGGAGAUUCUAACGGUUAAGGAUUUCUCGAGGUCUACCAGUCAUGACAAAUCAUCCUCGCCAAUCAGAAUAGACCAGGAAGUACAAAGGGAUCGUGGCGGUGACGAUAGACGAUUAACAACGGACUCGCCGAUCAGUAGAAUCUCCGAAUCGACGUUACAAAGGGAACGAGAGAGAAUUCAGGAUGACGAAGAUUCAAGAAUCGAGAGAAUGACCAAUCCACGCUCCGUAUCGCCGGUUAGUAGGCGAGAAAUGUUAGACGAUCGUAGCGAUUCCGAGGCGAAUCGUUCCCUCGAAGGUGACAGAACGACGGAUCAUCUUGAUCUCGAGGAUCAAGAGAUACGAAGCGUCGGCCAAUCGGAAGAUCUCAACGUAAUGGACUCAGAUUGUGAACUGGAGAGAGAUCUUGAGACCGGCCAAGAGAAGGAGGAGAAGUCGAGUCCGGUAGUGCCUCAGCCAAUACACCCUGGGGUCCAAAGGCCCUCGCAGGGGGGGCCUUACCUAGCCGGUGCACCCGGCGCUCCUGGAUGGAAUCCUGCAGGAUUUCCGCAUUCACUUGCGAGCUUUGCCUGGUUACCCCCACCCCCUCAUCCACAUAAUCCUCACGGACAUCUUUACACACCCCACGGUGGACCAACAAGUCCUAACGGUGAUCUAAGACUACCAGGUCCAGGUCCAGGUCCGGUACGUUGCACCCUGCGGAAGCACAAACCAAAUAGAAAACCGAGGACGCCGUUUACUACACAACAGCUGUUGUCUUUGGAGAAAAAAUUUCGAGAGAAGCAAUACUUGACGAUAGCCGAACGUGCGGAAUUCUCGUCGUCCCUUCAUCUCACGGAAACGCAGGUGAAGAUCUGGUUUCAAAACAGACGUGCGAAAGCGAAGAGACUCCAAGAGGCCGAGAUAGAGAAGCUUAGACUAUCGGCAAGGCCCCUUUUGCACCCGAGUUUCGGUUCGGGCCUGAUGUUCUCGGGCGUUGGUCCUCCUGGUACACCAGGAGUGCCACCCUUUAUAGCAGCGGCCAUGGCUAGGCACACCCAUGCGGCCGCGGCGGCAGCCAUGUUCAUGGGGCCCCCUGGACACAGGCCUUAAUAAGGCGGACUCGUUCGACCUUCAUCGUCGUCUUCAUCUUCGUCUUCUUCGUCGUCGUCGUUGUCGUCGUCAUCGUCGUCGUCGUCGUCAUCGUCGUCGUCGUCGUUGUUGUCGUUGUCGUCGUUUCUUGCGGUUGGCCCAACUACAAGCAUCCGAACAGUUUUAGUUUACCGAAGGAACUCGUACCGAAUGGGACAUUCGUUAUUCGGAGUUAUUCUCCAAAGUGUGAUCCAUUUUAUUAUCUCCUAUUUUCCUUAAUCCAUUUCUUUCGACUCCUAUCGAUCCCUUUAUCACCUUUCAUUACAACUUUUUGAUAGACAUCAAUGGAUGGAGAGGAGAACGAUGAGAGAAUUGUGAAAAAAAGAAAAAAGAAAAAGUUUGUACGAUUGCUCGUUUGUCGCGAAGAAGCAAAUUUUUAUUUUUUUUUAUUUAUUUUUAUUUCUUUUUUUUCAAACGUACAAAAUAACCUGGUCUAGGACUCCUCCUCCUUCUUCUCUUUAUCCUCCUGGUGGUGAACAACCGAGUGUUCCUAUGGAAUAAUCGAAAAUAGAAGAGCAACGUGUGUAAAGUUGAUUAAAUAUAAAAAGGAAGAUUUAAUUCGAUGUCUCGAAGAUUGAAGAAAGAACACUACUUGCCAAGUUUAAUCAAAUGAUCAGCCAAUUAAUCUUAAGGAUAAUAUCGAUCUAUUUCUUUUUUAUUUUUUUUUUUUUUUUAUAUUUUUCUCAGGUUCUCUUUUUUUAUAUUCAUAUAUACAUAUACAUACACAUGUUUGAUUGAGAAACUUAACAUCCUUUUACUCGUGUUUAGCAUUUAUUCGUGGCAUUUUUCGAUCUCGUAAUCUCAAGAAUGAAAAAUUAGUGAACUGGAAGAAGGGACGAUGGGAGAAAGAAGGAUAAGAAAGAAUGAAAGAAAAAGAAAGAAAAAGGGAAAAACAAACGGCAAAAAGGGAAAAGGAAGAAAGUUGUAACGAGAGUCCAGAAAUCAGGAGAGGCCAGACUUUCUUGUGAACAGAAGGAGGAAAGGAAAGAAAAAAAACAAACAAAUAACAUCUGUACGAGGAAAAAACCAUAAUGCACAUAAAUGUAAAUAAAAAUAUCUCUCCGUUCGCUCGAUAAUCGAUAGGUAUGGUAAUAUGUAUAAUACGUAUGUACUUACGUGAGUGUACUUAUGUAUAUAUAGGAGUGUCUCCUCUGUGGACGUGUGUUUGUGUGUGUGCGCGCACGUGUGUGUGCAUGUAUAUAAAACGAUUCGAUUUCGAUGCAAUUAACAAAUGGAUAAAUAGAUCGUCCGACGAUAAUCUAAAACCGUAAUGGAGAAAACAAAAAGACGAAUAACGUAAGCGAGGAAGACGAAAAAGAAAAAAAGAAAGGAGACAAAGAAGUAGAAGGAAAAGAAAGAAAAAAGAAUUUU